UUCCCGGAGCCUGGGCGGAGAAGGAGGAAAACUUCUUCCUGGCCUGGGCUCGGGGCCCUUCUGCCUGCCAGUCCUCCAAUCCCGCCUACCGGUACCCGGCGCUUCCCACCCCUCCCCCGCUCCCCCGGUGUCCGCCAUGGCCAAAGCCUACGACCACCUCUUCAAGUUGCUGCUGAUCGGGGACUCUGGGGUGGGCAAGACUUGUCUGAUCAUUCGCUUUGCAGAGGACAACUUCAACAGCACUUACAUCUCCACCAUCGGAAUUGACUUCAAGAUCCGCACUGUGGACAUAGAGGGGAAGAAGAUCAAACUGCAAGUCUGGGACACGGCUGGUCAAGAGAGAUUCAAGACAAUAACUACCGCCUAUUACCGUGGAGCCAUGGGUAUUAUCCUAGUAUAUGACAUCACAGAUGAAAAAUCAUUCGAGAAUAUUCAGAACUGGAUGAAGAGCAUCAAAGAGAAUGCCUCAGCUGGUGUGGAGCGCCUCUUGCUGGGGAACAAGUGUGAUAUGGAGGCCAAGAGGAAGGUGCAGAAGGAGCAGGCUGAUAAGCUGGCUCGGGAGCACGGAAUCAGAUUUUUCGAGACAAGUGCCAAAUCCAGUAUGAAUGUGGAUGAGGCCUUCAGUUCCCUAGCCCGGGACAUCUUGAUCAAGUCUGGAGGUCGGAGAUCGGGAAACAGCAACAAGUCCCCCAGCACUGACCUGAAAACAUGUGACAGGAAGAACACCAACAAAUGCUCCUUGGGCUGAGGCCUCCUGCCUUCCUC